AUGGCCCGCCCGUUCCUGAAGGCACCGGACCCCAUCGCCCUCGCCAUCGUCAUGCCGACAGAGAGCGCAGCUCCCCCGCUUGACAGAUUGACAAACAGCGGCCCGCUGGACCAACAACGAUCUGGAGCCCGGGCCACGAGACAAGUCAUCUCAGAGGGCAUGGGAAAGGAGACGUGCGGGUUCUUUAGAACAGGGGGAGAACUCGUAUUAGUCACCUGCACAGCCGGCACAGGAACCUCCAGAAUCGCAUGCCACAACACGGGCAGGUGGCUCUGCGGAAGCCUCUACUCGACCUGUCUAGGCCCCGCCGAACCAAUCUGCAGCGGCAAGACGCAGAAUGGGGAGAGGACGCUCUGCUGCAACACAGAAAGCCCCGUCUGCGGCACCCUCCUCCGCGGCUCAGGCGAAAGCCAGAGAACGGGCCUAGCCUGCUUCGGCGCCGACUUCAAGACGAAAUCCAUCCAGACGCUCGCGUCGAACACGUGGCCGACCUUUAUCACGGACCCGCUGCCACCGUCAUCAUCGACAUCGUCGGCGUCUUCGCCUUCGGCUACGUCCAGGCCCCAGAUCGCGUCUGCGAAACCCUGCGCUACCCCGACGACCGCCACACCCUCGGCGUCUCCGACGAGCAGACCGAUCAAGACGUCAACGUUUGGGAUCCCUGAUCCCUCGCCUUCGCCUGCGAUGGCCCUGGGACAGUCGGCAUCGGUGGGCAAUGGACGGAGCGGCAUCGUUCGGGGGCUCGGUGUGCUGGCUUUUGCGAUGCAUGUGGCUUGGAUUGGUUUGUGA